AUGCUCGACCGUCCAAUGCCCGCGCAGCUGAAUUACAUCCUUGACCCAGAUUGGCGUGAAAGACUGAUGGUCACAACGUUCAACUACAGAGACGUAAAAGAGUAUACUUAUAUCCGCGCACCCGACGACCCAGAAGACGAAGCCGAGCACUGCCUCCGCAUGAGACGCUGCGGCGCCGAUGCACUCCUCUACAACGUUACAACCCAUGUCCUGCAAGAACGUCUCUCCGCUGCCUCCGCCAUGCAAAUCAUGGGAUGGCCUUCCAGCGGCGGGGUUUGGAUGUAUCGCGUCCCGCAGAGCUGGUAUGCCGGCAAAAGUCUUGAGGAGCGAUUCGCGGGUGCGCCACCAUAUUCGCAGAUGGGUUUGGAUAAUCCUGCUGUGAUGUUGGAGAAAGUAAACGGAGAUUUGCGGGGAUGUGGGGGUAUGGAUGAGUUUUGUGAGGUUUUGAGGGGGUAUGGAGGGGUGUAUUUUGGAGAUGUUAGGAAGUGUAGGGCUGUUGUGGGGUUGAGACUUGUGGAUGCUAGGGGGAGUGGGGAGUUUGUGAAGUGGGUUUUUGAGAGGUUGGGGGAUGAGGAUACGAGGUUAAUGAGUUCUACGACGAGGUAUAUUGGGACGACGAAGGUUUGGGAUCCGAAUGGAAGUAAGGAGUUUUUGGAGGGGGAGGAAGAUGAGGAGUUUUAG